UGGAUGAAGUCCACAGCUUCCCCUGGCUGGGGAAAUGUAACGUAAAUGAAGAUGGAUGUCAGCAGUAUGUCGCCGCUAGUGGGAGCUACUUAUCUGCUAGCAGUCGGAUGUUGUGAAGAACAAGCGAUGGCAUCGUCCAACAUUUUAUCCAGAGUUUGUGCGUGUGUUGCUGUAACUCAGCAAGAGGGUGGGAGCGCCGCUUAGUGUUUCCAUGGCCGUCGGCUGAUGGGCGAAGCGAUGCGGCACCACUGGCUGCUCCUUGGGGCUUGCGGCUGGGUGCUGCUCAUCCUAAUGUUCGUCAGCAAGUUCAUCAGCUUCAGAGCUAUAGAUGACUACGGAGAGAGGUUUAGUGGUCAGAGUUCAGGCACUGUGCCAGGCACCAAAGUGGCUAAACCCAAUCUUGUUUCCAGCCCAGACAAACCAGUUCCACAGCCAUCUGAUCCGGUGACUGUGCAGCCCUCAGCUGUACCUACAGAUGCAGAUUGGCAGGCAGUCUCUGAGAGGCGAAUCGAGUUGCUCUCCACUGUGUGUAAGAACAGCAGCCUCAGGAAUUUGACUCAUGUCUCCAUCAGCAAGUUUGUUCUGGACCGCAUCUUUGUGUGUGACAAACACAAGAUCUUGUUCUGCCAGACGCCUAAAGUGGGCAACACACAAUGGAAAAAGGUCCUCAUUGUGCUCAAUGGAGCAUUCUCCACUGUGGAGGAGAUCCCAGAAAACCUUGUUCAUGAUCAUGAGAAGAACGGCCUGCCCCGCCUCUCAUCACUCACACCGCAGGAAAUUACUCACAGAUUAAACACUUACUUCAAGUUUUUCAUCGUGAGAGAUCCCUUUGAGCGCCUGAUUUCUGCCUUCAAGGAUAAGUUUGUGAAGAACCCCCGCUUUGAGCCUUGGUAUAAGCAUGACAUCGCUCCGGCCAUCAUUCGUAAGUACCGCAAGAGCCACCGGGACAACGACCUUGCCGCCUCUGGCCUGCACUUUGAGGACUUUGUCCGUUACUUGGGGGAUGUGGAAGGCCGUCGCCGAGUGGACCGGCAGUUUGGUGAGCACAUUAUUCACUGGGUGACUUAUGCAGACUUGUGCGCACCAUGUGAAAUACACUACAGUGUGGUGGGCCACCACGAGACACUGGAGAAAGACGCCCCAUACAUCCUCAAAGCAGCAGGCAUUGACCAGCUGGUGUCCUAUCCAGCUAUUCCUCCAGGCAUCACACGCUACAACAGGACCAAGGUGGAGCACUACUUCUCAGGCAUCAGCAAGAGGGACAUCAGACGUCUAUACGCACGCUACCAGGGUGACUUCCACCUAUUUGGUUACCCGAGCCCAGACUUUCUAAUGAACUGAAAUGAUUACCAAUAACUAAAAGACAUGUUUUCUUAUAAAAUCCUUACUGAGGACAUAGGUGCAUCAUAGCGGACUGUGCCAUCAAACUGGCAGACCUAACGGGCUCAAAUGCAGUAGAUUGCACACUGUAAUAUCUUUGUUCUGACCACUUGUGUUGGAAUAACUGACAGGUUACUAUGUUGGCUGUAUUUGCAAUGACAGAAAAGUGUUGCCUAAUCAUAUAUUUAACAGUGUUUUUUUAUGGAAAGAGUAGUUUUCUGGAAACCUGUAGUGUCACAGUACAGUGAAGGAAGAAAGAUGGUGUUGCUGCAAAAGAUGGGACGUGAGUACAGGCAACACCGUCACAGUCAGCAGCGAUAAAAGGUGUGUGUGUGUGUGUGUGUGUGUGUGUGUGUGUGUGUGUGUGUGUGUGUGUGUGUGUGUGUGUGUGUGUGUCACAAUAUACAGAUCAGGUACAGGUCAAAUGGAGAACACAUUUGUGAUCUUAUAUUUAAUGUUUAUGACUGAAUUGAAAGAGGUGUACUAUGUAAUGCCAGGGAUACAGGCCCGUUACCCUGUAAUGUAGCCGUUAUACUGCACUGUAUGAAUCGCCUGUAUCAAUGAUUCAACCUGUCAAGGAAGGUUACAGGCAAUGCUAUGCGUUUAUUACAUGUGGUGUUUCUGUACUUCUUGCUGUCAUGCUAGAUGUAGGCAAAGACGGUCUGUAUCAGGGAUGCUAACAUUUUUGGACAAGGAAAGUGAACUCAAAGAUACAAUACCAACUGAUUGGACGUUGAUAUUUUUCAUUGUUUUUAUUAGCAAAUCAGUAUUAACUUUAAAAAAAAUAAUUGAACCUUGAUUUUUGCAAGCUGUAUUAUAUCUCUGUAAGAUAGUGAAUUACCCUACAACUAUCAUGAAAUAGCGUCAAAAUGGUAACAAAAUGACUUUAGUCCUGCCCUGAUCCAUAUUGUAGCCAUUGGUCUAGCUGUUCUGCCUUUUCUAGAACUGACAAAGGAAUCAAAUUGCUUUUGACUCCAUAUAUUCAGCUGUCAACUGCACUGGGACAUUGAAGGAAAUUGGCACAGAGUCAUUUUUCUAUCAGAAAUGUAUAUAUGUUUAAAUGUUCACAUGACUUGCAACUCAACAUUUGUAUUACAUGUUGCUAUUUAUAAUAUUAUUAACCUGCUGACUGGUUGGGCACAAAAAGUGUCGCCUGCCACCAGCAACCUGGUGACCUUUAGGAAAGGUGGUCAUAAUACAAAGACAACGCUAGUUAGCAAUAAAGUUCCAUGUGGAAUUAAAA